AUGUUCGACGCAAUGGACAGUUUAUUUCGUGAUUUCGGAAGUCGUCGAAAUGUGCUCUUAGCGAUAUUUGGAGUGACAAUAAUAAGCUUUGGAUUCUUCUUACGACCCUCACAUAAUUCCAUUACUACACGAAAAAAAAAUUGUAAAAAACUAGAGUCCGAAAAUAAAAACAUUAUAGCUUACCAUCAUACUGAAGGGGGAGCACGACAGCAGCAACAGCAACAACAAAAGCUCACCGACGAUUCCGAAAUACGACUUUCUUCAGAAGACAAACUAGAGAUAGAAGAAGAGGAACAACGGCUUCAAAAACAAGAGGAAGAAGAACGAAUUCGCCUAGAAGAAGAACAAGUGCGACAUGCUGAAGAAGUAGCACAGGCACAGUUUGACCAGUCGCUAAUAAUUGAAGAUUUGCGAAGACGCCAGGCAGAAGAAGAUGCUAGGCUACAAGGAGAGACUCCUAUUUGGCAACUGGAUUAUAUAGAGUGGUGGGAGGAUUAUGGGCGGGAUGUUAUUGCGAGUUGGCCGAUGUAUAUCACAGCUGCAGUCGCGUAG